UGUCUGUGUUUGUUCUUGUCGGUGUGUUUGCGACUUUGCGUAAAUCUGCAGAUCUUGACUUACAUGUUACUAGCUAAUAAUGGCGCUGAGACAGAACCAGCUCCUCCAGCAUCUGUGGAAACAAAACUGGGUGGCCCGAGCGCGGAACACUACAUCGAGGAUCAUGCGUCCUGAUGAUGCCAAUAUUGUUGGCAAUGUUCAUGGCGGGACUAUCCUAAAGAUGAUUGAGGAAGCGGGAUGCAUCAUUGGCACACGCCACUGCAAUACCCAAAACGGGGACCGCUGUGUAGCUGCUCUGGCCCGGGUGGAACGCACAGACUUCCUGCACCCAGUGUUCAUCGGUGAAGUAGCCCACGUCAGUGCUGAGAUUACCUACACCUCCAAACACUCGGUCGAGGUGCAAGUCAAUGUUCUCUCAGAGAACAUAGUCACAGGUGCCAAAAAAUUGACCAACAAGGCAACACUAUGGUAUGUCCCACUGUCCCUUCAAAACGUGGCCAAAAUCAUUGAAGUUCCUCUUAUUGAGUAUUCCAGCCCAGAACAAGAGGAAGCAGGUAAAAAGAGAUAUGAGGCUCAGAAAUUAGAGCGAAUAGAGACCAAAGUGAGGAAUGGUGAGAUCAUCAUAUCUGUCUCUCUUCCAGAUAGACAAACAAAGGAGCCCUACACUGUUGCAUUUAGUCAGUCGAGUCUGAUCCACCUCAUCGGCCCAUCUGACUGCACUCUGCAUGGCUUUGUACAUGGAGGUGUGACCAUGAAGCUGAUGGAUGAGGUGGCAGGGAUUGUUGCUGCUCGUCAUUGCAAGACCAACAUUGUGACCGCAUCUGUGGACGCCAUUAACUUCCAUCGCAAGAUCAAGAAAGGCUGUGUCAUUACUGUUUCCGGCCGAAUGACCUUCACCAGUAAUAAGUCAAUAGAGAUUGAGGUUUUCGUUGACGCUGACCCACUGGUGGAGGCUGAGAAGGGAAAAUAUAGGGCUGUCACAGCCUUCUUCACCUACAUCUCCCUGGACAAAGAAAACAAGCCCCUUCUAGUGCCACCGCUGAAGCUGGAAGGUGAAGAGGAGCAGAAGCGGUUUGAAGAAGGGAAAGCACGCUACCUGCAGAACAAGGCAAAGAGACUCGCAGAUAAGGAGCGUCAACAAUGACUUUUACCACGCAAACACCAUAUAGUUGCAGAAGAAAAUUCUUGAAUAAUAGAGCCUCAACGGACAACAUACUGUAUUAAGAACCUCUGCUUUAUCGUACAUGUAGCUCACUGAAUAGAAAGAAAAAUAUAUAGGUUUAAUUGACUUUGUGUGUAUAUGUAUCUCAAGUGAAACAAAAAAGGAAAAUAUAUAUUUAUGUUUUAUUGUAACGACUUGUUUGUGAAAUGUGCAGAACUGUAUUAUGCACUAAUAAAAGUCUGCUAAUGCA